AUGGAAGUGCAAAAAAUUAAUAAACUCCAACUUGGGCUCUUGAGAAAGCGACCAUUGUCACUGAUGUCACCACGACAGACCUCCAAGCGACAGAAAACAGACCAGGUGUUCACACAUCUGAUUAUCCUUGACUUUGAGUCCACUUGCUGGGAGACUGACAGGACCAGCCCUCAGGAAAUCAUUGAAUUCCCUGCCGUUCUGCUGAACACACAGACUGGACAGAUAGAGAGUGAGUUUCACUAUUUCUUGCAGCCGUCAGAGAGACCUGUUCUCAGCGAGUUCUGCCAGAAACUCACAGGUAUAACCCAGGAUCAAGUGGACAAUGGGAUACCUCUGUCUUUGUGUCUGAGGAAGUUUACUGCCUGGCUGAGGAGACUCCAUGUUGACAAGGGCCUGGUCUGUUCUGGCGACAAAUCUGUACAAGCCACUAGGUCUGACAGCCAGACAGUCGUUAACAAGGGAAGCACUGCAGCCAUGGUCACCUGGUCAGACUGGGACCUUGGCGUCUGCCUGCUGUAUGAAACUAAGAGGAAGCAGAUGAGCCGGCCACCAUCUCUGACCCAGUGGAUUGAUCUGAGAGCCACAUACAAGGUAUUUUAUGGCCGUAAACCCGCAGGGUUGAAUGGUGCACUGAAUGAGCUUGGCAUCACAUUUGAUGGCAGGCAACAUUCCGGUCUGGAUGAUGCACGAAACACAGCCAGACUGGCGUGGCAGAUGAUACAAGAUGGCUGCCUGAUGUCUGUCACAAAGUCUGUCAGGACGAGUUUUACUGGCCUGAUAGAAAAGCAGUCAAUGCCUCCGUCAGGCCCCACUUUUACUAGCCUGCAGACACACACCCCAGCUGAUGGUAGGGGCAAAACUGGACAUUAUGUGACAGCCUACGCCAAUGCCAGAACUCCGUUUGUCAUUGCUUGUGAUAGUCAAGAAAGAAGACAGUUAUGUGAUAAAAAAGUCCAGGCACAGCUCACAGCAGGUACAGAUCCCCUGCUGACAGCAGUUUUACUUUCAGAUACUUCUGUGGCAGCUUAUGCACAAACAAGGAGAGGCCUGUCGGAAAGGAACCUAAACAUGGGGCCUGCCACUGACAUAUCCUCUGUGAAACAGGGGACCACCUCCAGACCCCAGGUGGACACUGGAAGUAACACCAUCUCUAGGCAUAUGACUGCCACAAAUACAGUACAUGGAAAACUGCCUGCUGCCUAUAAAACCUUGGACACAGCUACCUGUAGCAAAUACCCCCCAGUUACUGCAGCACCAGGUCUGUCAUCAGAGUCACUGGCUGUCUUCUCAUCAGUAGAGACAUCUACUCCUCAAGAAUUCUCUCUCACAACAUCACAGACAUCUUCUGCUGGCUGUGACUCACAGCUGAGAGUUUCAGAAUCCAGCCUGUUGGCAGCAGUUGUCCCUGACACAUCCGUGACACUUUGCAAGAGCUUCACUUUAUUGAAGACACCACCUGCAACAUUAGAGUCACCAGCUGGUGUGAAAACAGGUGCCAAUAUAAAGACACCAUUCACUACAUUUAAGACACCUGUUCACAUAUUACAGACACCACUCACCACAGUUAAGACACCAUUCACUACAUUUGAGACACCAGUACACACAUUAAAGACACCAUUUACUACAUUUAAGACACCCCUUCAAACAUUAAAGACGCCAUUCACUACAUUUAAGACACCUAUUCAUACAUUAAUGAUACAACCAUCAACAGUAAAGACACCAUCUCUUACAAAGUUGCCAGCUACUACACAUAAUAAGACACAGUCUCCGCUGUUUCAAACAAGUAGUACACUGAAGACCCAGUUUACCUCAGUUAAGACAUCAGAUACAUUUCACAUACCAAUACAAAUUCCAGUAAUCACACCAGAAAUAUCACUUAUGACACCAAAUACAUCACUGAAGACACCACAAACAUCACUUAUGACACCAAAUACGUCGCUGAAGUCAGCAAAUACAUCACUGACUUCAGCAAAUACAUCACUUAUUACACCAAACACAUCACUUAUGACACCAAAUACAUCACUAAAGUCAUCAAAUACAUCAUUAAAGACACGAGCAGGGGUAUCCCCAACAUCACAUAUGAAUAUGACUCCACCACUAUGUUCUUGUGGGCGCAGAUCGAAAUGUCGGGUAGUUCAGAAACCAGGACCAAACACCGGCCGCUGCUUCUUCGCUUGUUCUGUGACGAGGGACAGACAUUCAUGCUGCAAAUUUUUCCAGUGGGCUUCACCAGACACCCCAGCCCCGACUAACAUGCAGGCUUCACGCGGGUCAUUUUGCGUGCCGCCUUGA